AUGUUCCAACGCCGGCAGCUUCUCUUCCGACGCGUCGCCCUCGGCCUCACGGGCGCCCGCCUCAACCGUGCCACGACCUUCCAGCCCUUCUCGCAGAAGGACGAGGACGACCUGGUGCGCGUGGUCAAGACAAAGCCGCGGCAUGUGCUGAAGCACGUGCGGCAGCAGGUGUGGCGCUCGCGCAAGCGGGAGCUGCACUUCCGCAACACCGUCACGCACCUCAUGAUUGUGCUGCAGGAGUUCCUGCGCAAGCAGCUGAUCGACCCUGCCAGCGCCUCGCAGAUCAUGGAGGGCAUCAUGGAGGAGUGCGUCAAGUACGCGCAGCACGACAUGGCGCACCUGCUCUUCCGCGCGCUCCUCCGCUUCCGCAAGUACGGCUGCACCAUCUCCAUCGACGCGCUGCGCCACCUCUUCGAGUCGUACAAGGAGAACGACAGCAGCGAGCUGAUGCUGCAGCUGGCGAACGAGAUGCGUGGCGACCCCGCGCUGCGGCCGCUGUGCGUGGCGGCGUACCUCUUCGCCGGCCACCCCGACGAGGCGGAGGCGCUGCAGGAGGGC